UUCUCCGCUUUCAAGUUGCAGUACAUCAGUUAGCCCUCUCGGUCUCGGCACAUCGGCGCGAGGCUAAACCCUAGCGCCAACUCCGACUAGCCGGCGGCGGCGCUCGCUAGAGCGCGGGAUACCCGGAGAUGCCGGCGGUGGCUGCGGUUGCGUCGGCCGUGGAGAGGUUGCAGGCGGCGGCGCAGGACGCGGCCAACUCCUCGUCGCGCUCAGCCGCUGCCUUCUCCGAGCAGGCGCAGCAGGUCCUCGUUCCCAGGGCCGCCGGACGGGUUGUUUCUCUGUCAACAUGUACAAAGGUCAGCGUCAUAAGCUUUGCAGUUGGUGUCGUGGUGGGGUUCACGCUCAAGAAAAGGGUCAGCAUGUUCCCAAGCCGACUCUUUGAAUGGUUCCAUUGGAAGAUUAUGAAUCAUCUGCAUUACAGCAUUUGGUAUUGUGCAAAUGCUGAUACAACGUUGCUAAAUGGUAAUGGGAGCGAUAUGGGUGUACCAUGCUGCACAACUCAACUAUGAGGUUUCCUUUGUCGUGAAACUGUGUCCCCUGUUAUUGUGCUGUCUGCUGUGCAUGGCUAAGUUUGAUGCUCUACAUGAUUUUACUUCAAAGUAGUGUCCCUGCCAUAUCUUUUGUAUUGUGUUAGCAAUGAUAAUGUUUUUUUAUCAGUUUCCAUCUCUUUUACUUUACCCAGAUUUUGAGGCAAUUCACAAUUCAGUCA